AUGAAGAUGGUUCCUCUGACUCCAACACCACUGAUUUCAUCAACCCUUCCACCUUCAUCCUGCUGGGUCGCCAUCCCUUUCUGCGUCAUGUACACCGUAGCCCUCUUAGGGAACUUCAUCAUCUUGUUCAUUGUGAAGAAAGAGCCGAGCCUCCAUGAGCCCAUGUACUAUUUCCUCUGCAUGCUGGCCAUCACCGACCUGGUUCUAUCUACAUCCAUCCUUCCCAAAAUGCUGAGCAUCUUCUGGGUCAAUUCCCGGAAAAUCGAUUUCAGUGCCUGCCUCACCCAGAUGUACUUCAUUCACUGCUUCUCCGCAAUUGAAUCAGGGAUCUUCAUGGCUAUGGCUUAUGAUCGCUACGUGGCCAUCUGUGAUCCCCUGAGACAUUCCACCAUCCUGGCAAACCACAAUGUGACCAAGAUUGGCCUGGCUGUGUUGUUGCGUGGUAUUAUGCUCAUACUGCCUUAUCCCUUGCUGGCAAGGCGGUGGCCAUAUAGUGGAACCAACAUCAUCCCCCACUCUUUCUGUGAGCACAUCGCUGUGGUGAAGCUGGCCUGUGCCGACAUCCGCAUCAGUAGUUACUACAGCCUCGCUGUGGCAUUCUUUGUGAUUGGCAUGGAUGUGUUUUUUAUCAUCAUGUCCUACACCCAGAUCCUCAGGGCCAUCUUCAGCCUCCCCACAAAAGAUGCCCGGGUCAAGACUUUUGGGACUUGCGUCUCCCAUGUCUGUGUCAUCUUAGCCUUUUACAUCCCAACUCUUUUUUCCUCCAUCACACACCGGUUUGGUCAUAAUGUGCCCCUGUAUUUCGUCAUUCUCAUUGCCAAUGUGUACCUCCUGGUGCCCCCCAUGCUGAACCCCAUCAUCUACGGGGUGAGGACCAGGCAGAUCCGGGACAGAUUGCUUCAAAUCUUUACUCAUAAAGGAACUUAA